AAACUUCAUAAAUGACAUUGCUGUCGUAUUGUAUUAGAUGCCCGACUCGAAAGAGGUAUUAAAUACAUCAGGAGACGAAGAUAAACAACAUAUUAAAUGUAUUUUUUCCCAUUGCGUUAAUGACAAGGCGAUAAUAUUCUCCAUCGUAUAGCAGAAGACCUCGCGAUCAAUUCCAGAGGGCCCGUUUCAUUUCCUACAUAGUGGUGAGCCACGUGACGAAAGGCAGCCGAAUGAAAGUUUAUCCGAUAUGUUGCCACUUAAUAUUAUUCAGUAUCCUGUAAGCAAGAUCAACGGAAUCAAGAUAUUUCUGGAGAAAAUGUUGUGAGCAUUAUUUGCGCACGUUGUAACCUAGCUGUGUUGUUAUAUGCAUUAGGACUAUAGCCUAAUAAAGCUACUUUGGAUUGAUUCAAUGGCAUGCUUUAAAAAUAAUGAGGAAGUUAAACGGCUUAACCGUGAAUUGCUAUCAACCCAGUCUUCCACCAAGGGCAUGCGAUAUUAAUGCGUCGGCCUAGCUUAUUAUUUUACUCAUUCAAUGUUGGCAUGCACGAGUGAGCUGUACUUUUGCAAACUGACUUUGGCCACACCUAAAUCCUGUCCUAUUUUUCACAAAAAACGAAGGCUUUUCUCUUGGAGCAUUUGUUUGUGUGCCGGUGAGUACCCGGCUGUGAAACAUGAUAGGUCUAGGAGGUACCAACAGGGAAUAGGGGAAUGUAUAAGGCAGCAAUGGAGCAGAAUGGGCUACAGUGGGAAGGAGCUCCCAGCUGCUCGCGAGGCUCCUUCGCCUUCUACAAGUCGGUGAGCUCUCGCCUGGAGACGGGCUCCCUCGGCCCGGUCUGGAAGCUGGGGGGCUUCUACUUUGUUCGCUGUGGCCCCCACGAACCCGUGUGCAUAGCUGAGGUCACCCUGCUGUGGGAAGACCAAGCACAGCGCCACCUGCUGGCCAGCUCCAGACUCUACUUCCUACCGGAGGACACCCCCAAGGGCAGGACUAGGGACCAUGGAGAGGAUGAAGUGCUGGCCGUGUCCAAGAGGAUCGUGCUGCGGGUGGAGGACUUGGCAAAGUGGGCCUGCGCUGAGCCACUGGUCUGGAGAGGAGGCCACGUGCAAGGCCACCUCGUGGGGAAAACCACUUCCUCCCUAACAGGCUCCCAACAGCCAAAGGAGGAGCCACAAGGUGGGGGUGAGGGGUCGUGUGUGCGUGUGCUGAGCUAUCCCCAGUAUUGCCGUUACCGCUCGCUGCAGAAGCGCGUGCAGGAGCUGGGGGGCUGGCCACGGCUGCGGGACCCCCACAUCAAGACCCUGGAGGGGAUCCGCAUGGUGCAGCACAACACACGCGUUCUCUACUGCAGAGACACCUUCAACCACCCCACGCUUGACUCCAACGCCUGCAUCCUCACACAGCUCGGGUUCUCCUCUAUCCGUUUGAAAGGAAGGCCUCGUAAGCGUCGAGGCCGAUAUCCCAAAGUGCCCGAGCAGCCUACCGGCCAGCAGUCCGAGUCGUGGAUGGAGCGGAUGAAUGAGAACGUGCUGGGCAGUGCGGAGCUCCAGUGGGCAGGCGGUUGGCUGCAUCACCCCGAGGAACAGCUGUUUCUAGAUCAGCUCUUCAGCUUCAUGGAGCGCCAGGGAUCACCCAUCAGCAAGGUGCCCAACCUGGGCUUCAAGAAGAUUGACCUCUUCCUCAUGUAUUCCGUUGUCAAGAGGCUGGGAGGCUAUGAAAACGUGACGACGCAGCGCAUGUGGAAGGCGGUGUAUAAUGAGCUGGGUGGGAGUCCUGGGAGCACCAGCGCCGCCACAUGCACCCGGAGACACUACGAGAGGCUCAUGCUGCCCUAUGAGCAGUUCAUGAACAGCGGCUCCAAGCCUCCGAAGACCCAGGAGCCUGUGGUUCCCAUCAAACCCAUGAGGGGGCGCCCUCCCCUCCACCUCAAAAGGCAGAAGACAAAUGGAGUCUCUCCUCCACAGCAGGCGGUGACUGCUGACGGUGUGGUGGUGGUACGCCGGGGACGAGGGCGCCCACCAGGCCGACGGAAAGUCUUGGCAGCCAGGGCAAACCAGGGCCGGCACCCCCUCCUGGCCAAACCUCCACCCAGCCAGGGGGCGCUGUCUCCCCCUCCUCCUCAGGGUCCCCCUGCUCCAGCUCCACCUGCUGUUCCCCAGAAGCAGAACCACAGCACCCCCUCCACUCUCAGGUCCACACCCCCGUGUCCUGCCCCCCCACCCCCACCUCUAACCCCACCUCUAACCCCACCUCUAACCCCACCUCUAACCCCAGAGUUGAAGCUGGAGCCUCAGGAUCUGGCUACCCCUAUACCCAGGUUCAGUGGUCUCUCCCAAGCAUCGCCUAGAGAGCCAGUCACCCCAGUGUCCCAGACGGGUGGUUUGACCCAGGGCACCGGUGGUUUGGUCAGCAAUGCCUCUCCGGCCGUCUUUAGCCCAACCAAGGGCCUGUGCCCUCUGGACCUGUUCAGAACCCGCCUGGGCCUGGGCACCCCUCUCAGCUCCACCCCCGUGCCCAGCAUGCAUCUCCAGUCCCUGGUGCGCCCACAGGCCAGGCUGUCUGCCCAGGCUAGCCCAGUGACCUCCACCCCGGCUGGGCCACGCAAGGACCCCCACCCCCCUCCUCAGCACCAGUACUCUGGGUGUGUGGAGCCAGAGAACCAGGGGCCUCUGAGCAGCGGGGCCACUCCGGGUGGAGUCUGCGGUGGUGGUGGGGCGGUGCAGUCUCCGCUGCUUCCUCUCCGGAUCCUUCCGUUGGAGCUGGACUGCAGCGUGCAGGUGCGGCAGCUGAUGCGUGGUAGCCUCGGGUCCGAGUGCGUGCAGAACUUCACCAAGAGGCUGACCGCGGCGCUCGCGCAGGACCUGGAGUCACCACGGGCAACGGCUGCACCACCCUCGUCCUCCUCACUGCCCUCCUCUUCCCCCGCCCUCUCUCCUCUUCCUUCUCCCACCACUGUUGCCAUGGUGACGCAGGCAGAGCCGCUCAAUCUCAGCAGGCGGGGCGGGGUCAAGAGGUCUGCCGGGGACGACACGGAUCUGUCACUGCAGCACGACGGCAAAGACGACGGCCCGUCGUGGACUCCUGUUGCCAAGCAGCCGCGGCUGGACGCAGACGGACUCCCGCUGAAGCCCAAUGGUGGCGUGUUCCGCUUUCCGCUGUUCCAGGACCAGCCGGCCGACCUCAGCCUGCCCUGCCGCGUCCGAGCGAUUCUCAGGGAGAGCCGCCGCCUGGCCGCCAAGGGUCCGGACGCCGCCGAAACCAAGGACAUGCUCCCAAGACCAGCAACAACCUCCAACAGCACCCCCUGCAGGUCUGGAGUCAGCCCCGUGGUGGAGGAGCAGAAUUCAGCAGCAGGGCUGGGGGGUCCCCUACCUGGAGUCAACAGCACCCCCUGCAGGCCUGGAGUCAACAGCGACCUCUGCAGGCCUGGAGUCAACAGCGACCUCUGCAGGCCUGGAGUCAACAGCGACCUCUGCAGGCCUGGAGUCAACAGCCACCUCUGCAGGCCUGGAGUCAGCGACCUCUGCAGGCCUGGAGUCAACAGCGACCUCUGCAGGCCUGGAGUCAACAGCGACCUCUGCAGGCCUGGAGUCAACAGCGACCUCUGCAGGCCUGGAGUCAACAGCGACCUCUGCAGGCCUGGAGUCAACAGCGACCCCUGCAGGCCUGGAGUCAGCCCUGUGGUGGAGGACAAGAAUGGGGCAGCAGGACUGGGGGGUCCCCUUCCUGGAGUCAACAGUGACCUCUGCAGGCCUGGAGUCAACAGCACCCUCUGCAGGCCUGGAGUCAACAGCGCCCCCUGCAGGUCUGGAGUCAGCCCUGUGGUGGAGGAGCAGAAUUCGGCAGCAGGGCUGGGGAGUCCCCUACCUGGAGUCAACAGCGCCCCCUGCAGGCCUGGAGUCUGCCCCACGGUGGAGGAGCGGAGUACUGCACCAGAGCUGGACGGUUCCCUGGGUGCGGCAGAAAGCGGGGGUGCGGAGGGAACACUGGACGGAGGGCUCGGUGGCAAGAGCCUUCUGGAGGUAGCCAGCGAACAGCUGAAACAUGGCAAAGGUGACCACACACAGCUGGCCAAUAGGGUACAAGAUACUCAGGGUGUCUAUGCAGUGCUGCCCAAUGGGAAGCUAGAUGCGCUUAGUGACCACAGCGUGAUGGCCAAUGUGGAUUCAGAUGCUGAGGGCAGCCACAGAAAGCUUGCCAAUGGGGAGCAAGAUGCUCAGGCUAAUGGAAGAACACUGGCUAAGUGUGAGAAAGACAUUAAAGAUGAACACAUGGCACUGGCCAAUGGGGUGCCAGACGGUGACAGCGAUGACCGAGCCCUGGCCAAUGGGGAGGGAGAUGCGGUGGGAUCCUUCAUUUCACUCAUUCUGCCAGACUCCCCUCCCCACAGCCACUGUAACUCUGUCGCCAGUACUCUCCUGAGUUAA